AUGGAGAAAAUUGUGCAAAAUACUGAUCAUGAUGCUCUUACUUGUAAAUUGAGUGCAAUUUCUACUAGAUACAUUCCUUGUCCUUUGGUGCAUAAGGAUUAUUUUAAUUAUAACGAUAUUUAUCUGUCGUACUAUCAGACUUUGAAGACUCUGCUCAGCCGUAGAGACCAAGGUUCGAUCAAUAGAGCUCUUCGAAACUCUUAUCCGGUGAUGAACUAUGGCACAUAUUUGAGAACGGUUAGUAUCGACUCAUUAUUGAACAGUUACUUAGAUGAAAGGGUGUCUAAUGAAUACAUACAGGUGGUUAACCUAGGGUGCGGCUCUGAUUUGAGGUUUGUGCAUCUUUUGAACAAUUUUAAGAACAUCAAGUAUAUAGAUGUUGAUUUUAAGGAUGCGUUGGAAUUGAAAGGGAAGGUACUUAGGACAAACUUAAAGUUCAAACAAGCGCUGAAGCUUGAUACUGAAAUUAUGGAUAAGACAGAAAAUGGAAGUCAAUUGAUACAUACCGAGAAUUAUGUUAUGAUGGAGGGAGAUUUAAAGGAUACAAGCGAUAUAAUUACCAAAUUAUCGAGAUAUACUGAUACAAACGCUAAGACUGUUUUCAUUACAGAAUGUGCUCUAUGCUAUUUACCUGACAUUGCUGCACAAAGAUUAAUAGAUAAGAUUAUAGACACUUUUGAUUCUGGUUAUUGGAUAUCAUAUGAUCCAAUCGGAGGGAACCAAGAGAAGGACAAGGACAGGUUUGGAAAAAUCAUGCAAGAUAACUUAAAAUCAUCAAGAGAUCUAGAACUACCCACACUAUUAAAAUACUUUUCGGAGGAUUUGUACUCCUCUAGAUUUACACAACAUACUAACAGUUCUAAAAAAAUUACUGUUAAUAUUAAGAAUCUUUGGGAAUUUUACUUACAAUCGAUUAAUGAUAAUGAGAAAAAAAGACUUCAAAAAUUACAAUUCUUAGAUGAAAUAGAAGAAUUAAAAAUAAUGCAAUCCCAUUAUAUAAUAUUAAAUGCACAAUGGUAG